UAUAAUUUGAGUACUCAAUGUCUGAACUUUCCUUUUUAAUUAUUUUAAUUAAUCCAUAGACCCGCAUUAAUACCCAUCCACGUGUCUAAUGCUUCUUUAUAAUAUUAUCUAUGAAAAAUGCUUUUAAAUCACAUCAUAUAUAUGAAAUCAUCGACUCUGUCUUUUUACGUAAUAAUCUGCAGUUCAAAAAAGAAAUCACUGAUAAUCUCGUUACAAGAAAUUAUAAUUUCUCCUAGGUUACAGAAGGUGGCGGUCAAGGUCAAGUUCCACGUCCACGUUGUCAACGUUCGAAAUAGCCCUUAAAUCAUUUUGAUUAACCCCGCACUAAUACCCAUUCACGUGUCCAAUGCUUCGCGGUUAAAUUCUUAAUACAACGACUUCUCCUCUGCCACCCUGCUGUUCCAUAAUCCUUCCAUUCUCUCUCUUGCAGGAUCUUGCCGCCUGCAGUUUUAGCAGUUGGCUUCGUCGGAGAAACCAACGACGAAGCUCUACAUUUUUAACUGCGGCUCUUUGCCUUAAACUCGCUGUCGUUUCUCCGGUUGCUCCGUUGAUAGCCAACUUCUUCUUGCACACAUUAAAUGCCAAUCCUUUUUCUUUUAUUCUCUAUUACGUGUUUGUAUAAUACUAUUUGAUAGUUCUUGGUCCUUAGCACAUCAUAUGAUGGCGGAGACGACUCCGGCUACCGGAAUAUAUCUUUAUGGGGACCUUGAUUUGAAGAUAAUUGAAGCUCGGCGGUUGCCCAACAUGGAUUCGCUGUCGGAGCGUAUUCGCCGGUGUUUUGUCACCUUUAACAAGUGCCGGAAACCUGAGGACGAGAGUCCACACCAGCGUAAAAUCAUCACCAGCGACCCUUACGUAACGGUUUGCCUUGCGGGAGCCACGGUGGCUCGCACGCGCGUCAUUUCCAACUCCCAACAUCCAUUCUGGAACGAGCAUUUUAAUAUUCCGGUCGCUCAUCCGGCCAGCCACGUGGAGUUUCACGUCAAAGACAAUGACGUCUUUGGCGCCGAUUUGAUUGGAGUUGCAACCGUUCCGGUUGAGAAGAUCGUUUCUGGCGAAACGAUCAGCGAUUGGUUUCCUAUAAUCUCUCCUUGCGGGAAACCGCCGAAGCCAGAUUCUGCUGUUCGAGUUGAAAUGAAAUUCAUGCCAUGCAAGGAGAAUCCGUUGUACCAAUACGGCAUCGCCGCGAGUCCGAAUGAUUUUGGCAUUCAAAAUUGCUAUUUCCCUGUCCGGCACGGUAGUUCCGUUACGCUGUAUCAAGACGCGCACGUGCCGAACUCUUUGUUGCCGGAUAUUGAAUUGGAGAACGGCGACGUAUAUAAGCACGAGAAAUGCUGGGAGGAUAUUUGUCACGCAAUACUAGAGGCGCAUCAUAUGGUGUAUAUAGUGGGUUGGUCGAUUUAUCAUAAGGUGAAAUUAGUAAGGGAGCCCACAAGGCCAUUGCCAAGCGGUGGCAAUUUGAAUCUGGGGGAUUUGCUAAAGUACAAAUCGCAAGAAGGUGUUAGAGUACUGUUGCUGGUUUGGGACGAUAAGACUUCCCAUAGCAAGUUUUUCAUUAAUACGGUGGGUAAUAUCUCUUUUUGGAUUUGGUUCCUUAUGCCACUUUUUCAUCCUCUUUAUCGGAGAGGAGUGAUGCAAACGCAUGAUGAAGAAACGCGCAAGUUUUUCAAGUAUUCUUCUGUUAAUUGUGUGUUAUCGCCGCGUUAUGCCUGCAGUAAGCUUAGCAUUUUCAAGCAACAGGUUGUUGGGACCCUCUUUACACAUCAUCAGAAAUGUGUGAUUGUUGAUACUCAAGCAUCUGGAAAUAAUCGGAAGAUAACUGCUUUUAUAGGAGGUCUUGAUCUUUGUGACGGCCGCUAUGAUACACCAGAACAUCGGUUGUUUCAGGAUCUUGACACUGUAUUUCAGGAUGAUUAUCAUAAUCCAACAUUUUCUGCAGGAACCAAGGGUCCACGGGAACCAUGGCAUGAUUGGCAUUGCAAAAUUGAAGGACCUGCUGCAUAUGAUAUUCUUACAAACUUUGAGCAACGUUGGAAAAAAGCCUCAAAAUGGUCAGAAUUUGGACAACGUUUUAAAAGGGCAACUCAUUGGAAUGAUGAUUCUUUAAUAAAGUUGGCUCGAAUAUCAUGGAUACUUAGUCCUGGCCCUUCAAUUCCAAAUGAUGAUCCUAAGCUAUGGGUGUCCAAUGAAGAGGAUCCUGAAAACUGGCAUGUUCAGGUAUUCCGGUCUAUAGAUUCAGGAUCCUUGAAAGGGUUUCCCAAAGAUGUUUAUCAAGCUGAGGCUCAGAACCUUGUUUGUGCUAAAAGUCUGGUGAUUGAUAAGAGCAUUCAAACAGCAUACAUUCAUGCAAUCAGAUCUGCCCAACACUUCAUAUAUAUCGAGAAUCAAUAUUUCAUUGGAUCAUCAUAUGCAUGGCCAUCUUACAAAGAAGCAGGGGCUGAUAAUCUAAUUCCUAUGGAGUUGGCAUUGAAGAUUACUAGUAAAAUCAGAGCAAAAGAGAGAUUUGCUGUUUAUGUUGUCAUACCAAUGUGGCCUGAGGGUGUUCCCACUUCAGUCUCUGUGCAAGAAAUUCUUUUUUGGCAGGGACAAACAAUGCAAAUGAUGUACGAUGUCAUAGCAAAAGAAUUGAAAGCUAUGAAUCUUGAGAAUCUACAUCCACAAGACUACCUGAAUUUUUAUUGUCUUGGUAAUAGGGAAGAACCAUCCAAAGAAUUUUUGGAUUUAAGUGAUAAACCUUCCAAUUCUGUAGAAGUGGAUUCAGCCUCUCAAAAAUAUCGACGUUUUAUGAUUUAUGUACAUGCCAAGGGAAUGAUUGUAGAUGAUGAAUAUGUUAUAUUGGGUUCUGCCAAUAUUAAUCAACGGUCUUUGGCUGGUUCAAGAGAUACCGAAAUAGCAAUGGGUGCAUACCAGCCCAGUCACACUUGGGGCAAUAAGAGGAGGCAUCCGCGAGGCCAGGUAUUUGGAUACAGAAUGUCACUCUGGGCAGAACAUUUGGGAUUGGUUGAUAGAUUGUUUGAAGAGCCUGAAACUUUGGAUUGCGUCAAGACUGUGAACAAGGUCGCUGAGGAUAACUGGAGGAGGUUCACAGAGAAGGAAUUUUCACCAUUGCAGGGGCAUCUCCUUAAAUACCCUUUGGAGGUAGACAGUAAUGGCAAAGUAAGCCCCUUCCCUGGACAAGAAAAUUUCCCAGACGUCGGUGGAAAGGUUCUUGGAGCCCGCUCGACCCUUCCGGAUUCAUUAACUACAUAGCAAGUCCAGGCUUUUGUUUCUAGUUCAUACGGACGGUUAAGUGGCAGGCUAUAGUUUAUACUGAUUCAAAGCUCAGCUAGAGACUAUAGGAGCCUUUUGGGAGUCUUAAAUUGAAUGUACUCGGGGCUGCUUCUAAGUUACUGCCAAAGCUGGUGUGUGGAGCACAAUGCCAUUGUAUCAUUAUGUUUGUAGAGAAUGACUGGAAUAGAAAAAUUGAUAAUCGAUGAAUUCAGCCUCUAAUUUAGGCAAAGCAUAGCUUCAGAAAUAGGAUUUCCCCUCAUUUAGAGUUGUGUUUCCGGUGCCCCUACGAGGGAGAAUUCGAAUUUGACCAGAGUUUUCCAUGUUUAUAUUUCCUACUUGAUUUCAUACUA